GCCCCCUUCCACGUCGACCUGCGUUCUCGCCAUAUUUCCAAGCCGCAGAAGAGAAGACCCUUAAUUUGCUUUGGUCCCCUUUUGCUCGCAAACGCAGGCGGAAGGUCCCGUUGGAAAGUAGACAAGUGUAGCAGGAAAAAGUAUAAUAUCUGCGGGCUGCAGCCAUGAACAUCUUCCGACUGACUGGAGAUCUCUCGCACUUGGCGGCGAUCAUCAUCUUGCUGCUGAAGAUCUGGAGGAGCAGGUCGUGUGCAGGUAUCUCUGGAAAGAGUCAAAUCCUGUUUGCCAUUGUGUUCACCACGCGCUACCUGGACCUGCUGACCUCCUUUAUCUCGCUCUACAACACAUGCAUGAAGAUGAUCUACAUCGGCUGUGCGUACGCCACGGUUUACCUGAUCUACGCCAAGUUCCGUGCCACUUACGACGGAAAUCACGACAGCUUCAGGGUGGAGUUCCUGGUGGUUCCCGUCGGGGGUCUGGCCGUCCUCAUCAACCACGACUUCUCCCCGCUCGAGAUCCUGUGGACCUUCUCCAUCUACCUGGAGUCGGUGGCCAUCCUCCCUCAGCUCUUCAUGAUCAGCAAGACGGGCGAGGCGGAGACCAUCACCACCCACUACCUGUUCAGUCUGGGCCUGUACCGGGCGCUCUACCUCUUCAACUGGAUCUGGCGCUUCUACUUCGAGGGCUUCUUCGACAUGAUCGCCAUCGUGGCCGGCGUGGUCCAGACCAUCCUCUACUGCGACUUCUUCUACCUUUACGUCACCAAAGUGUUGAAAGGCAAGAAACUGAGCCUGCCGGCAUAAGAAGGUUGGCGGAGCAGACCAAGUGCGCGCCGAGAUUGAAACCACGGAACGUCACGAGCGUCCGGCAAAAAGGAAACAUCCGCCUGAGACAGAGAGCCAACUUAACAGGGAAAAACACUAUGGAUGACCACCGAUGGAAGUGGUCUAGGCCCACCAACACCACAGCUGAACUAAAGUCCUUCCAAGGUCCACCGUGGGAUUUCUGCGUUCUUGCCUUAAACUUCUUUGCAUUGCUGUCCCGAUAGAAGAAAGGCUCCAACCCUCCCCCAGCCUGAGGUGCAUAUGCUUUUUGUUUUGUUUUACAAUGUCACAAAAUGGGCAAUAACUUUGGUAAGAAAAUGCACAAAUGUACAGUCUUAGUAAAAAAAAAAGUGACAUGAAGAGUGCCUGAUGAGUUAUUGUCCUCACCGUAUUUGUUUUUAUUGUAUACAUCUGCUGCAAGACAUGUAUCCCAAACACAUUUCUGCUUCAUAAGAAAGAUGUUUUCAUAAUGACACAACCCCUCUGAUAUUGAACUGCACUCCAUUCCUCUUAGUUGUGUACUGUAGUUACACUUCAACUCAGCCUGGGAGGGUUUCCACUGCAAAUGGAAGUAUCACUUGUGCAGCCAUUUUUCAUACUACAACACAAUAUGUGCACGCUUGUUUGCAUUUGGACGUUAUUACAAUUUCACAUUAAAGUAUCAAGUCAGGAAUGGCAUUUUUCAUACUUGGAAAAAUUGUUUUCAUUUUGGAAAUCACUCUGCUCAGUAGGAAUAACUUUGUAGGUCAGAUAUCAAUUAUUGUGUUUUUUUGCAUAUCACCUCCAUUAAAGAUUUUAAUGACA